CAUCGGGGUUUUCUCUCCUACAGUAAGCGCCUGGCACUGACAAUGUGGACAUCAGCGAGGAAUAUAUAGUGUAGGCUAUCAUCUAAAUUCGCAUCGUGUUAUCAGCGCAUUCAACUUCAUUAUUACCAGAGUGGUGAGUGGAAGGAGAGAUCCUGCCUUCCCCCCUCCCUGCCCAUUCCAUCAUCCGAAGAGCAUCUUUCAUGCGUCUCCCUGUGCCCGAAUCCCACGUCAGGAUGAACUGUGAGCAGGAUUUUGGAGAUGGAGGCAUGAACGUCACUCUAACUCUCCGGCUGCUCAUGCACGGCAAGGAGGUCGGCAGCAUCAUAGGCAAGAAAGGAGAGACUGUGAAAAGGAUACGAGAGGAGAGCAGUGCACGUAUCAAUAUCUCAGAAGGCUCAUGCCCAGAGAGAAUCAUCACCAUCACGGGUCCCACAGAGUGUGUGUUUAGAGCCUUCACUAUGAUCACAGUCAAACUGGAGGAGGACUUGGCUGCUCUUGUGGCGAAUGGCACAGUCACCAGUAAGCCUCCGGUCACACUGCGGCUGGUCAUCCCGGCCAGCCAGUGUGGUUCACUCAUUGGCAAGGGCGGCUCCAAAAUCAAAGAGAUCAGAGAGAAAACAGGGGCUCAGGUACAGGUGGCAGGAGAUCUUCUACCUAACUCCACAGAGAGAGGUGUGACGAUAUCAGGCAGUCAGGAGGCCAUCAUCCAGUGUGUCAAGCUCAUCUGCACUGUAAUACUGGAGUCUCCUCCAAAGGGUGCUACAAUUCCGUACCGCCCCACUCCUGCUCCAGGCACGGUGCUCCUUGCUGGAAAUCAGGUUUUCGAAACUUCAGAGUUUGCGUCUCACCCGCUUUUCUCAGUGGCUCAGGGCGGGCUGGAUCUGCAACAAGCUUAUACUGUACAAAACCAAUACGGCAUUCCACACUCAGAGUUGGCCAAGUUGCACCAGUUGUCCAUGCAGCAGGGUCUUGCCCCCAUGGCUCAACCAACGGCCACCCAAGUUCUGCCUGCAGGUAUCGAGUCCAGUUCCCAGACAGCAUCACAAGAACUUCUCAUUCCAAAUGACCUGAUUGGUUCAAUAAUUGGCAGACAGGGUACAAAAAUCAACGAGAUCCGUCAGGUGUCAGGGGCUCAGAUCAAGAUCGGCAGUCAACUGGACAGCACUAGUGACCGACACGUCACCAUCACGGGCUCCCCAAUCAGCAUCAACUUGGCCCAGUAUCUAAUCACAUCCUGUUUAGAGACCGCCAAAUCCACUGCCCAGUCCUCCUCCAUGUCGACCCCUGUAGACCUCAACAUGAGCUUCACCCAGACUGCUCCCCAUGCAUCGUCCUCUGCCGCAGCCCUGGCAGCGAUGGGCGGCCUGCCCCACGCUCCAAUCUUGGGCGCCCCCUAUACCCUCCCCCUCUCCAGCCUCCUGGGAAUCAAAUCCGUCCCCUUCCUGACACUCUCGGCCCCUGCUGCAGCCGGCGCUGCCCCCGCCCAUGGCUCCUUGGCCUCCUACACCGCAAAGAUCUCCUCCGCAAACGGCAUCAAGAAACCAGAGCGACAAAAGUUUGCGCCCUACUGAAGAGGAACUACUGAGUACCUCCUUUGUUUCCGAGAGAGGAAUACUUUGAGGGUUCUUCUCUUCUAGCCUGAUGUAGCGGUACAUAAACACACAUUUCCU